UUUUCUUAUUGAAUUAUUGAAACCAAGAAAUUAUUUUAUUUUUAAAUGUUAUGCGUAAUAAUAAUAACAUAUAAAACCAAAAAUAAUUAAAGUUACGUAAUUAAAUACUUAUGUAUAAGCAGAAGAAGAAGUCUAACCUUCAAACUAAAUAGUAAGGUUAACCAAAAUAAUCAAACAAAAUCCAAUUUUCUCGCCCCCCAACAAUGUUCCGCACAUUAAAACCCACCGGUCUGAUCCAACUGCUCAAGAACAACACACCGACGAAGCACAUCGCGGCGUACAGCACGCAACAACCCGCCGUCCAAGAUGCCGACGAGAAAAUGGACCGACAAAUCAAACAGUACGAGAAACUGACGAACGUCGUGCACAGAACGAGGACCAAAAAGCCGCAGCGGCGGCCCUUCGCCAAAGAUUUGUUUGUGGGGCAGUUCGACACGGAAGUAUUGACCUACCCCCAGUUGGAGAAGGAAGACAUCGAACAACUUGAGGGAACCGUGGAGAAAAUCACCAGUGUUGUGAACAAAGAGCUGAACGGCUACGACAAGUUCGACCAAAGGGUCGUGAAGAAUUUGGCCGACUACAGAUUGGUCGGCUUGCAACGGUCGUCGUUCGAAAACGGGUUGGAAUGCAACGUGUCGGAACACAUGAAAAUACUGGAGGCUUUGUCGGAGAGCAAGUUGAGAAACGAAAUAGUGCACAACGAGCAACUGGGCGUGCAAACACUGGUCAAAUUCGCCGGCGACCAACUCCGGAAACGUAUCCUGGAUGAACACAAAUGCAUAGCAUAUUGCAUGGCCGAAGAGAACUUAACGAGCUUGGAUGGCAUGGCCACCAAAGCAGUCAAAUCCGGGGACGGUAAAAGCUACGUUUUAAACGGGGAGAAAAUAUGGGUUGUUAACGGACAGGAGGCCGACUAUUAUAUUGUAUUUGCCCUCACCGAGUUAAUAGAGAGGGACAAACUGAAGUUCCCAAAGCUGACGGCUUUUUUGGUGGGGAAAAACAUGAAUGGCGUAUCCACAUCUAAAUACAACAUUGAAAAUAUUCAAAUGGCCAAGGUAAAAUUUGAAAAUACGUUAGUACCGGUUGAGAAUGUAAUUGGUGAGGAUGGAAAAGGUGAGCAAAUGUUGUCUUCUAUCAUUAAUGACUUUCGUUUGAGUCAGGGACCAAUUUGUAUAGCAAUUAGUAAAUUAUUAGUUAAUAAACUUUAUGAGUAUGUCCUAAGUGAGACAACACAGGAAAAUUUGUUGUUGAAAACAGACGCAGUUAGGGAAAAAUUAGGGCAAAUUGCUUUAAAAAUUUACACCAUGGAAAGCCUUGUUUUCUUAACCAGUGGAUUGAUUGACUCAUACGAAAACCAAGAUUGUGAAUUAGAGAGUGCUAUAGUGAAAUAUUACUGCUCACAAAAGGCCCAGGAAAUAGCCACAACUUGUAUAAACUUCAUCGGCACCCCAGCACUAGAACAGUCACAUUUAUGCCAACAACUGUAUAAGGAAACACUAAAACUAUCAACUUUGCACGAAACCAACGACAAUUUGAAAAUUCUAAUCGCCUUAAUGGGCAUCAAACACGCAGGAAAUGCUUUAAAUGACGAAAUCAGAAUGGCACGUAAUCCACUAUUCCACGCCCCAGAAGUGAUUAAACGGAUGUGGCGAUUGCGCAACGACUACGACGACAAGCCGAAGAUCGUGCUCAGAUUGAACGAGUACCUGCACCCCUCGCUGCUGAUGGCGGCCACCAACCUGGAGUACUGCGUGCACCGCCUCAAAUUCGGCGCCGACCAGCUGCUGAUGCGUCACGGCGCCGACAUCGUGAACAUGCACAUGGAACUGAAACGCAUCGCCGACGUGGCCAUAGACGUUUAUGCAUUGACGGCGGUGCUGGGCCGGGCCUCCAGGUCGUACUGCAUCGGCCUGCAGCACGGGGACUUCGAGAUGCUGAUGGCCAACGCCUACAGCAACGACGUCAAGGAGCGUGUGCAGUACAGGGUGCGAAAAAUCUACGAGGGGAUGUGCCAGACCAACGACGAGAACCUCCGCAUCAUAGCCAAACGAUUGGUAAAGUUCAAGGGCUACUUCCCUGUACAUCCGUUGGCUAGAAACUUUUAGAUUUUGUUAAUUUAU